CUAGCUGCCCCAUGUUACAACAAUAUGAUGGACCUUUUCGAGACCAACACUUAUUUUUUCAACGAGUUGCGCUACCUCGACGGAGACCAUGGAUCGCUGCAACACUUGGAAAUGGCCGGAGUGUCACCUCUGUACCCAGGGAAUGACAGCCCGUUGUCGCCGGCACAAGACCAAGUACCGUCGGAAAACGGAGAUGAUAGCAGUGAAGAGGAGCACGUUUUAAUGCCGCCGCGGCUCCAGCCGCAUUGUGAGGGACAAUGUCUCAUUUGGGCUUGCAAGAUUUGUAAAAGAAAGGCUGCCCCGACAGACAGACGUAAAGCGGCCACACUACGUGAGAGAAGGCGGCUUAAGAAAAUCAACGAAGCAUUUGAGGCAUUAAAGAAAAAGACAGUGGCCAAUCCCAAUCAACGCUUGCCCAAAGUUGAGAUUUUACGCAGCGCCAUAACCUACAUUGAGAAAUUGCAGGAUCUGUUGCAUACAUUGGAUGAGCAGGAGAAAACGUUGGGAAACGACCCGUAUACUUAUAAUAUCAAAGAGCAUAUGACCUGCAGUGAGCAUCAUUGGGAAAAGACCUGUCAGAAAUGGCAGAACAGCGACAGCGAGCAUUCCAAUGCGCCAAUGACGAGUCAUAGAGAAGGCAAUGCUGUUGAUUCUUCCGGAUCAAGUAGCCUUCGGCGCCUUUCUUCAAUUGUUGACAGUAUUUCAAAAGAAGAGACGAAAAACAAUUUCACUGAAGAUGUCUCGGGAAAAUGAACAGUUAUUUCAAUUUUUUCCAUGUCGUUUUUUUUUUUCAAAAUCUGAUGAUUUUUAUAUUUUAGGUUCACUGAAUUUCUCCGACCAGAAUUUCCGAACUGAUAUUCCAGGCUUUUGGAAUGUUAUUUUUGACAUAAAAAGUGUCACUAUGUAUUGUUUUUAAAGGUAAGCUUGAAAAGUGUAAAUAUUUUAUAUUUUAAGGACAAUGUUUAAUUUAUUUUUUAUUUAUACAGCAAAUCCAAAAAAUUAAUAGACAAUAAAUUGCCAAAGUGUCAGACCCUGACAACUGUCUUUGUCUGUUUAUAACAUUUAUAUCAGCUACGUGGUUUUAUUUUUUCAAAGAUUGUAGUCACAUAGCUGAUUAACUUGUCACAUUCAAUAAUUAACUUAUCAUGCAACACUUUCCCAUGUAAUUGGUUCCAAAAUUAUUAUUAAGACACUUUUGGUAUACUUUCAGAUACUUGGAUAGGCGAUUUGCUAUAGGGACAUUUAAAAAAAAAAUAUUUGCUGCCUUUUACUGCUUUGGCCAAAGUAUCUCAGAACUGUUUACCGUGAUUUCACUAUAACCGUGAUUUCCCAUGCCUCAUGUAAGAAAUUAAUUUAUUCCUGGCUUAUCAACCAUGCACCUAUCAGUAUUUAAAAGCCCUAAUGCCCUCAGUAACCUGUUGUGUUGGCCAAGGACCACUGAUUGGGUUAGCCUUCUGCUCCAAGCCACCAGUUCCUUCAGAUUUACGAGUAUUAAAAAGCCAUAAAAUCCUGGCCCCGAAAUAGCCUUCUUGGCAGUUCUGCUUUGUUCCAGCUGGUAUGGAGUGGCCCUGGCCCGCCACAGUAAAUUUAGUCACCCCUACAGCCACAGUGUCUUUUUUAUCUCCUGAUCAGGAGAUGGAAACUUGGUCAGGAGAAAAUGGUGUAAAGCCCCAUCAUGAAACCUGUGCCAUUCGCAUGAUUAAAGAUCAUAAUGACUUUCCCACCCCAGGCUUUAAGACAGCACUCACUGGUUCUAUUCCUAUUUCUCAGAAUGUCUAACAUCUCAUUUGACAACUACAGAAGAGGACCAUGGGGGCUGUGUGUGUGUGUGUGUUUAGGGGCCACUGAGGUUCAUAUCGGGCGACUGGGCAUGUAUAUGUGUGUGUGUGGCUCGGUGCACUGUUGUGUUUGCAUCGUCUUGCAGAGAAUGUUGUCUGUCCACUCUCAGAUAUCUUGGCUUGACACACGCUGCCUGCCCUGACCCCUCUGUCUGACCCAUCCCUCACCCUGACACCCAAACACACUCACACUACACACACACACA